AUGAUUCGCCGAGUUUAUAAACGCGAGGGUAUCAAGGGAUUUUAUAAGGGUGUUACUGCCUCAUAUGCAGGUGUAUCGGAAACAAUGAUACAGUUUGUUAUUUACGAACAUUUACGUGGCCUUCUUCUUCGUCACCAUCUCGCAGAAGGCGAUAAGGAGAAAAUGGACUUUUUGAAUUUCAUGGUGGCUGGAGGUUGUGCAAAGUUUAUUGCAUGUGUUAUUGCAUAUCCUCAUGAAGUGGUUCGGACAAGACUUCGAGAAGAAUCAUCUGUGAAGCGAGGAUUCUUCCGAACCCUCUACGAUCUGUACAAGGAGGGUGGUCGUGCUAUGUACCGCGGUUUAUCUGUUCAGCUGAUGCGUACGGUCCCAAAUACUGCAAUCACCAUGGGGACAUACGAAGUCGUCGUGUACAUGUUGCAUCAGCUGUGA